AUGGUCUAUAAGUACCAUAGCACGGCCCAGCUUAUCUGCUGCACAGAGGCCUUGCUCACAGUGCUCGUACGAGAUUUGUCGAAAGAGGAGGAGCAGGUGUUUCCGCUGCUGGUAGAGCAUUUCGACGCGGUGGAGCAGGCGAAUCUAGUCUGGCAGUUUCUGUGCAGCAUGGCCAAGCACUCUGCCGCAUCUGCAAGCUCUUUGACGACGCCAGCCCCCAAUCACGUACCCGCAGGGGCAUCUACCUCUGUCCGUUCUGCAACCUGA